UCAUCCACCGCAAAGUUCCUCAAAACUGACUACAAAGAAAUUUAAGACAUUUUUUUUACAGAAUACAGUACUGUGGGACCUUUGCAUACAUUUAUUUAGAUCUCCUCUGCAUCUUUGUGUAGGAAGCAUAUCUAAUUGUUCUGCCAAUGGUACGAGAAGUAAAUCGAGGCCUGACAGUUUCGCGUUCUUCUACCUCAGGGUUAGCGCGUGCCCCUGGCGCACCUUAUGGAAAGCCAGUACCGGGGUCAUCGCAACAACCGCCUCCUGCUACCGCCGUUCCAAAUGGGGGUAGUCAUUUGCCUCGACUCACUAUCAAUAAUUUUGCUACAUUUCACGCUCGACAGAAAAAGCUUCCUCCAGAUGCGAACACUAAGGCAGCAGUCAACACAAAACUUUGGCAGUUCCCGGAGAGGGUCUGCUUCAGCUGCGUUAAAUGUCGCCGAGAUAAUAUCCACUCAGACUCGGUUGCUGUCGACUUGGUAAACGGAAUUAUUCUAUGUACUGCUUGUUUUACACGUAUCAUCCGCCCUCGGACGUACCGGCCUAGCAGAGUGGUACCGUUUCCGUCUUUACUGUCGUGGUUGAACUACAAGCCAAGCAAGGUGAUGGAUGUAUCUGAGGAUGUACUUAGUCGCCCGGCAGAGGCGGUGGCACCAUCAGGGGAUCGUAUGGCCGUACCUACCCUUUCCGGAGGGGACCAAUCUUUUAAUAUAAACAAACUUCCGGCGAUCGCGAUGAACACCGUACCGACUUCCUCCAUAACUUCUAAAGUCUCCAAAGUCGGUGCCUCAGGAACUUCUAGUGGGCCGGUACAUACAUCGUCUGCGGUUGAACGUGCUGAAAAACAUCCAUGUCUUCGGAUUUGGGGCAACUGCCAGCACGGCGGGACUUGUUUGUUCCGUAACGCACCUUUUGAUCUGUGUUUGGCCUAUCUCAUGGGACUGUGUAGAGUGGAGGAGGAACCCAAUGGUGCCCCUAGUAGAGAUGAGAAUGGUACCAAAUGUCCGUUCCUUCACCAAAUGAUUUACGAUCUUCCGAACAAAAUGAACCCACCACCAAUGCUGCGCCACAAAAAUGAUUUAGAAGACGAGGACAGCGCUUGGGCGCAGUGGGUUCGCUGUCGAAAAAAUAGUCGCAACAGCGCGGAAUGGCAGCUGUGGAAUAACGGACCCAUAGAGGGACUGCUUGACAUGUAUACACCUGUGGCAGCCCAAGAAAAGGAGUCAGGGGUGGAUAAAGACGAAGAAUCCGAGCGAAGCACAACAGAGAUUAAGCUUAAUUUUUCAGAUAUCAUGUUUGCCUUGCGCGAGAUCAAAUAA